AUGACUUCCUAUCAAGAGUUAACGGCCGAAGGGAAGAGUAGCCCUCUGUUCACGGGCUGCUGCCGAGAAAAAGAGGUCAUCAACCGGGACCUGGACGGCAGGAUUCUCCCUGAACUCGACAGUAAUGAUGUGGGGGGGAAACUGGUGGAAGUAGCCUCAGGAUUUAAUACUACGCAUCCCCGGUACUUAACUCUCUCCAACAGUCUGACUCUGUGCACCUCUUUGGACAGCCCUCCUCCUCAACCACCGUGUGAGGCUCUCGAGGGCUUCUCGACACCGGCCUGCCCCCACUCGUCCCGUGUCCCCUGGCGGUGCAGGGCGCAGGGGCAGGGCUCUGCAGGACGCGGAUACUUCGCUUCAAAUAACAACGAAACGCUACAAUCCGGCUUUGGGUCACUCACUGAGACAAUUCAAAGCUGCUCUCGUAAUGGCCCCGAAAUUCACGUCGCGUUGGGGAGAUCAGCUGGCUCGGACUGUAACGUAGCUCAUGUGGAUGUAAGCAGUAAAACUUUUGAGUGGAUGAGAGUGAAGAGGAGUCAGCACCGUGCGGUCAGGAUGCACAUGACCUGUGGGUUCAGUAUUGGCUCGGGCCUCUGUGCUGUUGAGGCUGGAACCAGCAGCAUCUGCACGGACAGCCAUCCCACGGUGAACGGGGCCCCGAGGACCAGUUUCAGCACCAAGCAGCUGACCGAGCUGGAGAAGGAGUUCCACUUCAACAAGUACCUGAGUCGGGCCAGGCGGGUGGAGGUGGCCGGCGCCCUGCAGCUCAGCGAGACGCAGGUGAAAGUUUGGUUUCAGAACAGACGCAUGAAGCAGAAGAAAUUACAGAGAGACGGGCUGCUCUCCGACCCAGGGCCCGCGGCACCGCAUUCAAACGGCGACUUUUUGGACACCUGCCCCUCUCCUGGACCGACCGUGCCAAAACACCUGCCCCUGAACUCCUGAACCGAAGGAGCUGCACUGCGCGUCACUCAUGCACGGGCGCCUACCUGCAGAUGUUUUGAUUCCAGUUUGCAUCGGUUUCAAUCAGGCUUCACCUUUAUUUGCUUACCACGAUGGAUGCUUAUCGCAAGAAGUGCAAUGCCAAGUUUCUUCAUGCAAGAACGGGUCAAAACAAUUUGUCAUCCUCCCCCGGCUUCAGUCUGGCGCUCUGAUUUGAAUAUUAAAAUUCGAGUCAUUGCAUCGUCUCUAGACAAUGUACACAAGGAAACGAAAUUAUAUUAAUUGCCCAUAGAAACUGUGGCAGACUCUUUGUUUAUUUAUUUUGGAGAAUUUUUCCAGGAACUACAUUUCCGUAUAUAUUAUAUGUUUUCAACAGGACACGUAGCGCCUAGUUUUGUUUAUAAUGAAUAUUAUUGUAUUUAUGUAAGUUCGACAAUCGAUCAUGCUUUCCCCCCUUUUUUUAAAAGACAGGAACUAGCUACAUAUUAAGUCAGUUUUACUAUUUAUUCCACCGGAUCGCAUGCUCUUUCAAAACAAUUUAAGUUGAAGCAUAAUGGAGAUUUCUUUUUUCAUUGCAUUGAAGCUCGUGUGUCUCACAUUUGAGGAAAAAGUUAGAUGCACCUGUUGUAGAAAAAUAACAUCCUCAACAUGUUAGCAAAGUAUUUUCAGUCUAAUUUAACAGAGCUAAUGUUGUGUAUUUCGACAGGUAUUAGGGUUUUCCCCCAUGGAAAGAUUAACACCGUAUAAUUGACUGAUAGAUGUAUUGACCGCUUUUAUUAGGACUAUUGAUCCGUGGUGAUCCAUCUAUUCGAGGCACAAUUCUGGGAGCAUUUGCAUGCAUCUGUAACUGCAUGUUAAUGGAAUGUAGAAACAUCACGAUCGGGAGUUGUUGCGUCUUUUAUUACGUCUAUAUACAUGCAUCAGAAAAUGAUAAUUUAGCCUGAACACUCAUGCGGGAGAGCAGACAAUAAAACGCUGUCUGUGCUGUUUUGCAGAUCAACCAAUAAAUUGUGUUGCCACAGCAGCUCGGGCUGUUAAAUAUUCCUUCCGGAUUCACAUCUCAUCUCGUAUAAAGUAAAUGAUUGUAAACUCGGCCCUUAAACACUGUUAUGUUCCCGGAUUGCAAUGCGUUUCUGUCAUGUUAAUGUCUGUUGAAAUAUCAAGAUAUGAGGCCAUCAGCCACAUUAAUUUUAUUUGAGGGAAUAUUUUUGUUUAGCUUUCAAUUAGCGGUGUUUGCUCGGGAUAUGAACAUUAGUAGAUCCACCGCGGAUGUUAAUGACAACAAAGGAAUUAAACCCUAAACCAAACGGUUGUCGCUUAGAAAUAAAGUGCUAGAAACAAAAUGAAUGACUAAAUUAGGUACGUUUCAAACCCCUUUUUACGUGUCCUCAUUAGAAUUUGGCUUUUUAAAAAUACCAAUAAUAUAAUUAAAAGACGGUUGCAUGUCUGCAGUGCGCAGGAGUAGACACGAAGCUAAAAUAUGCAGUUACACCGGAGUUCACCUCUCACCUGUUGACCUUUGUCUUGCCUCGGGACAACGAUGACCCAGUCAUCAGCUCGGAGAGAGAAAGAUGCACCAUUCUUUGGAUGACCCCGAAGUCUGAGAUUUCCUUUUUCUUUUUAUCGUUUUCUCUUUUUUCUCCCUAACAAAACUCGGAACGCUUUUGUUCUGGGUGUCUGUGUCCACACCAUAUUUCAUCCAGCUGAAUAAAGGGGCGACGGGGCCAUAUGAUAAUUGUUCAUAUUAUAAUUUCAUACUAGUCCACAUAAUGCAUUUUUUCUACACCUAGAGCUAACCUAAUUUCCCCCCAAUCUCUUAUUUUAAUAAGCCAAAAAAUAUGCUCCUGGCUCACUUAUAAACUGGAAGAAAGAGUCUUUUCACCCAAUACGUUAUUGGAUAUAAACUACAGACCUAUUUUUAAUAGCAGUUGAAAAAUUAAAGUUACUUGAGCAUGCUGAAUACUUAAUAUGAUUCCAUGUUUCAGUCCCUAUAAACACAAUUUAGAACAACUAUUCACAACACCCUAACUGGUUAUAUAUUUCAUGCAUAUCCGCUUAAAUACUUUUUGAUUUUGAAUUUAGACAUUAAUCCUCUUCAAACAAUAUAGCUUAUAAUGUUAUUCUCAUGAAUAUGAACUGAAAGAUAGAAAGGAAUACACUGAAAGGUCUGCAGAGGACAUUUUGACGGUGCAAACAUUUUUUGCAAGUUUUAUUUGUAAUUGAUAUGAAUGGUUUUACAUGCUAGCCAGACGAAAAAUGUGUUGAGCCCCAUUUAUUUAAUAUUUGCAUAUAAACAAAAUACACACCAUUAAGGUCGCUUUACUAUAAACAAAAUAGCACAAAGUGGAAUGUUUAACAAAACCAUCAAAUGUGUCCUUUUUUCAUGCAAAUAGGUGUGCUCUUGAAGGUUAGUAGGAUGAGGACAAGGAUGAUGAAACAAUGUGAUGAAAAGUUUGCAAUGGUCCCUCAUGUUCCCUUCCUACCAAGAAGUGUGUUUGGAUGACCUUAUUAUAAACUCUUUAAUCAUCUUGUGCAGAUAUGUUCCCUUGCCACAGGGCUUCAAGUUACAGGUUUUAAUGUGCAGAGGAUGCUUGCAGCAGGUGUGCAGUCAGACUUGAAAAAAAUCUUAAUCAGAGUCUCUACUGUAUAAUAGAUUCACUUAGAAGUACACAUUCAUUUAAAACAGUGGAGAAAACGUGUGGAGGAAAAAAACUUAAUCUGAGUUAUAGGGUUGAGGUGAAGGUGAAAAGAAGAGUUGAUUUAUUUUGGGUGAACUAUCACUUUAAUUUCAUUCUGUGGCAGCUUCAGCAUUUGCCUCUCAAUUGAUGAAAGGCGAACCGCAUUGUUUGUUCAGACCUGACAUUUAGUUCGAAAGCAUUUGAGUGUGACUCUACUCUGAUGAAUUUCUGCUCUUCUGUAAUUUCUUCCUGAAGACGUACGGUUUGUUCACGAGACUGACAGCUGUGCUUUGCUUAUUUGGGGCCUAACACAUGGUAAAUGGAAGGAAAAUAAAACCAAAAUAACUCAGCUUAAAAUGUAUUACUGCCACAAGUAGAAACAAUGGUGACAUUGAACAAGUUGAACACAUUUUUUUGCCUUUUAGUUUUUUUCCUUCCUGCAGAAAUAAUUUAUUGUAAUGAAAUUUCUUCCAAAAUGUACUUUAUUAAACUCAUUUAAUUAAAUCCAUAAGAAAUAUUUUUAUAAUGAAGUACAAUAGCUCAACAUUAUUUUAAAAAGUAAAGUCACCUGUUAAAUGUUUCUUCCUUUGGUAAAACACUCUAAUUGAGAUAUUAAAUUAAAUCAUGUGAUUGUUCAUCAUGAAAACGAAUAUUGACCAUCUUCUGUAUUGUCUUCUAUUUCAAAGGGAGGUUUUACAAAUCUCACGAGGAGCGCUGCAUGGCAUGAGCAAUGAGAGAACAUAUACGGCUUAUAGAAUAUCUUACACUACUUUUUCAAUUAACACAUAUGCUGUGGGUUCCUUCUUAGCUCAUUUUAAUUAAUACUACGUUGAGUUAAAAUUAACUUUAUGCAUAAUAUGCAUGUAAUAUCUUCACCAGUGCUAAGGGGAUUAAAAUCAAUUGAUCAAGUUAAGCUGUUUCUCACUCUAUGUGAAGCACUUAUAGAUAGUUGUUGUUCUAAUUACAGACCAUUUCAAUGUACACCUCCCUUUUUAGUUUUUCUGCUUGUCAGAUUUUACUGUUUUUAAUUAUUUGCAAAGACUUUCAUGCACUAUUAGUCUUUUUGAUCGGGCUCAUUCACAUAUUUGACUACCAAACAAUUUGUGCAUCAAGAAAGAUGAAAUGAAGUGCACCUGUGUGUGUGUGUGUGUGUGUGUGUGUGUGUGUGUGUGUGUGUGUGUGUGCGU